GGCAGAAAUACAACAACCUUUGUGUUUCUAGAGCUAGGUUACCUUCCAUGGAGGACCAAUCAUGGAAGACCUACUUCUCCCAUCAACCUCCUCCAAAACCUACUCUAAGCAAAAUAAUAUCAGAUCUUAGGAAGAGGGAACUGGUGAGGCCCACAUUUGUGUGCCUACAGUGCGCCAAGGAGUCCAACUCCCAACAAGCCAUGGCCUCCCACUGCAAACAGCAUGUCCAGGCCGGCAUGGCUAAGGGGACAGUUGAGCAUAUUAAGUAUUAUCCCGACCACACAUACUUUUUCUUAUGCAGUGAUGCUCAACCAAGUUCGUCAUCAUCUGUUGAUGGAGUCUUGCCACAAGCAGAGCCACUAAACCAGACCAAGCAGGUACCUUGGCCAAGUUACACAACUGUGUUUGCUUAUGCUGGAAAUCCUUUCAUGUCACACCUAGCAAGUCUCGUGAGAGACAACCGUAACAGAGUCACUCCAAGCACAACUCCGAUUGGAAACGUGCCUGACAUUGAUCUAGCCCUACGGUUGGGUUCCGCUCCUAGUACGUCUGAUGGAUCGACCACAUUCAACAAGUAGCUAGUGCUCACGGUGACAACUCCAGGGGGGAAUGCUGAUCUAUGGGAGCUUCUGUUAUGAAUAUUUAUGUUUUUGUUACAUCUAUCUUUUUAGAAUAAAAAUUAUAUCCAGUUUCUUAUAGUUCAGGCUGAUUAUAUUUCUGUAGUUCUUCUAUGGAGCAAGUUUGAUGUAUGAGAUUUGCACACAUUUGUGCUGCAUGUUGUACUUUCUUGGAUUGUACUGAAUCAUCGAAUCCUAGUUUCGUUCCUCUGAUCAGUUU